AUGCAGCAAAAGUUAAUUAUAAUCUCGCUUGGUUUGCUGGCGAUUGUGCCUGCCAGGCCAACUGUGGCUGCCUCGCUGAUUCCAGCAGUGUCUCCCUUUAGAAUCUAUCCAGGAUUUGGAGCUCCUUUUGAAGCCCCCGCUGCAGCCUAUGCCGCACCACCGUUUGCUACUCCCCUAGGUAAUCCUUUAGGGGUUCCUUUGAGUGCUUCUCCCUUGGCCGUUUCCAGUAGUCAACGUUUGGAUUACUUUAAUCAGUUUAAUGCCGCCUAUGCUCCAACAGCUCCUGCUCGUCUCUUGGCUGGACCAUUUACAGGCCAAUUUCCAGCUGCUCCUGCUCUUAAUCGUUUUAUACAGCCAGGUCGAUUGAUUGCUCCUGGUGUAGCAGCUCCAUUUUUCUUUUAA